AUGGUGGCAGGGCUGCUGGGCGGCGGCGGCGGGGCCCGCGGGGGGACCGUGCCGGGCGCCUGGCUGUGCCUGAUGGCGCUGUUGCAGCUGCUGGGCUCGGCGCCGCGGGGCUCCGGGCUGGCGCACGGCCGCCGCCUCAUCUGCUGGCAGGCGCUGCUGCAGUGCCAGGGGGAGCCGGAGUGCAGCUACGCCUACAACCAGUACGCCGAGGCGUGCGCACCGGUGUUGGCGCAGCGCAGCGGGGGCGACGCGCCGGGGGCCGCCGCCGCCGCCGCCGCCUUCCCGGCCUCGGCCGCGUCCUUCUCGUCGCGCUGGCGCUGCCCGAGCCACUGCAUCUCGGCCCUUAUUCAGCUCAACCACACGCGCCGCGGGCCCGCCUUGGAGGACUGUGACUGCGCGCAAGACGAGAACUGCAAGUCCACCAAGCGCGCCAUUGAGCCGUGCCUGCCCCGGACGAGCGGCGGCGGCGCGGGCGGCCCGGGCGCGGGCGGGGUCAUGGGCUGCACCGAGGCCCGGCGGCGCUGCGACCGCGACAGCCGCUGCAACCUGGCGCUCAGUCGCUACCUGACCUACUGCGGGAAGCUCUUCAACGGGCUGCGCUGCACCGACGAGUGCCGCACGGUCAUCGAGGACAUGCUGGCCGUGCCCAAGGCGGCGCUGCUCAACGACUGUGUGUGCGACGGCCUGGAGCGGCCCAUCUGCGAGUCGGUCAAAGAGAACAUGGCCCGUUUGUGCUUCGGCGCCGAGCUGGGCAACGGCCCGGGCAGCAGCGGCUCGGACGGGGGCCUGGACGACUACUACGACGAGGAGUACGACGAUGAGCAGCGCGCCGGGGGCGCGGGCGGCGAGCAGCCGCUGGACGACGACGACGGCGUCCCGCACCCUCCGCGCCCGGGCGGCGGCGCUGCUGCGGCGGGCGGCCGCGGGGACCUGCCCUACGGGUCCGGGCGCAGGAGCAGCAGCAGCGGCUGCCGCUCGGCGCCCCGAGGCGCCUGGACCCCGCUUGCCUCCAUCUUGCUGCUGCUGCACUCGCUGCCCUUUUAACAAUCGCGCCCCCCCGCCGUCGGCCACGGGAGGGUCGGCGCCGGGGCACCUGUGGCUCGGGGACAGAGGGGUGGUCGGGGGUAUUUUCCAAAACGUUUUCUAGGUGGUUUCUGCCUAGCCGGUCUCCCCGCCUUGACUCUUGGCACGACCCUCGCCUCCUCUCCUGAGCAGGACUUUUUGGACAUCCUCCCCUGCCCCCAUUCCGGGUUCCAGACAGCUCCCCGCAGAAACCAGCCUAACUCCGGACCCCCGACAUGAAACGGGCCUGGGGGGACAGAACCGUAGUCCUGGACUCCGAAGAGAGGCUGCUGACUAGUGGGGUCUUAAGAGUUUCAAGGGACUGGGUUUGGAGCAGGGGUUUUGAAGGAGGAUUUAUAUUUGCAAAGGGGCUGUUUAUUAGCGUUUCUCCUGCAAGGGGGGG